UUAGCAUUUCUGGGAACGAAAAUUAGAGUAAAAAUCAUCUCAACGAGUUCGAUGCGAUUGCGCAUUGAAUCCUUGAGUUUUUAAUUCUGGAAAAACUAUUUACUGUAUUUCACGUGUAUUUGUUUUGGUUAGCGAAAUACAAGAACACGAUGGAGGAAAAGAUCAAUGCUGAAUUCCUUUAUAAUGCAUUUAUAAAAAACGAUAACUCCUAUAAGUAUUUGCAUAAAUUUGUAAGCUUUGCUGAAGAAUUUAAUGAAAGUAAAUCAAAUUAUGACAUUGUCAAAGAAUAUUUACAGUUCUCUAAUAGUUGUGAUGAAUUACUGCCUUUUGUGAAAGAAUUAGCAAAUGCAGAUUCUCAAAAUGUUGGUGUGGUUUUGAAAGCUAUGUGCCACAUUCUUAUUCGAGUGGCAGGCGACUUACAUGUACAUGAAGCAGCUGGAACUAAAAUCGUAAAAGAUGUGUUACUGCAUGGUAUGCGACUCAUAUUUCAAUAUUUAAGACCUCAAAAGCGUCCUGCACAAGCAAGGUUAGCUUUACAUCUUUUAGCUUCAAUGGUUGCAUUAAGCAAACAAGUAGCUACUCAAGUAGUCGCCAAAUUAGAUUUCAGUCAUGUCAAUUUUACGCAUUUACUAUUCAACACAAAUACUAGAGCUGAAGAAGAUGUUAGAAGUGCUUUUUUGAAUUUAUUAGUUUUGGUUAUCACUAUCUGUGAUAAUAAUGUAAUUCGUCAAAUUGUGGAAGUUAAAGGUCUUUUAAAUAAUGUAUUUCCAGGACUGCUAACUGAUCAUGCAUCAACAAUAACUCUUGUUUUGAAUACCUUUCGUUCUAAAAUUGUUGAAAAUAUUGAUAUUCCAAAAACUUGUAAGCUUCGUCUGUUCAACGAACAUUCUUUAAAAUUUGUGAUUGAAUUGUAUUCUUGGAGAGGCCCUUUGAAAAAGAAAAAGUUUAUGAAGCGUAAAUUAGGAGAAGAUGCAAAACCUCUGUGUUAUGAAGUAGGAGAUGAAGAGGCUAAAGAAGUUCAAUUAUGUGCUCAUCAAUUUAUGCUUUCUUUGUGCUCUUCAGUUAAAUACGGAAUAAUAUUUCGAGAUCCUUCAUUAGGAUCAUCUGGAAGAAAUUUUAAUUCUGUCAUUACAAACAUUUUAAAAUGUUUUACCAAACCUUUUGCUGAUGAGUUAUCUUCAGAGUUUGUGAUAUCUGUUCUUAAAGCUUGUCCUGAUCAAGUCAAGUUUUUUCUCCCACUUCUAAAAGAUAGUUUUGCACCAAGAAUCUCUGUUUUGUGGGUGAAAGCAAUUGAGUUUUUUGAGAAAGCAAUCAGGUCCCUUGAUGUAACUUCAUAUUUAUUUAAAUCAGGAACUAAAUUUCCUAUGCCCACAUUGACUUCAAUCUCCAAAACAUUUUGUUUACCUGGUCUUCUAAGUAUUUCAACUAUAGAAGAGACAUUCAUACUUGGUCAUCCAGUAUUAGGGUACUAUGUUAGUAAUUACUUAUCAAGCCUUUUGGAGCAAAUAAAAUCUGUGCUAGAUUUCUGUGAGCAUCCAACUUCAGACUUAUAUGAUCCAUCUGAAUUAGCUGCAUUUCGAAAAGCAUUUUUACCAUUAGCAUUGCGAAACUUACCUAUAACAAGAGGACUAGAAAGUUUUUGGAAUAAAAUCGUAUCUGGAGAAAAUAUUUGGUUGAAAGAUGAAGCUUUAAGUGGCUUUCCUUCGCCAAGUUGCUUCGAACAGUUAUUUGCUGUACUAAAAGUAAUGAAAGUUUUUCAAGAAAUAUACCAAAAUUCACAAAAUAAUCACAGUUUUAAUUUUCUUCAAAUGCUACACUCUUUGCAAAAGUUUGAGUCUUUGACAAAAAAGGAACUUUUGCUUGUUCGCAUAGAACUUGUAGAUCUUAUAGCUACUCAACAGCAAGGAACUAUUCUCUUAGCAAAAGAGGAUUCAAAAAGUAUUCCUUUUCCGCCUGUGUUGGAUGUUUAUUUAACAGCUGAAGAACCGGAAGAAAUCCUUAUGGCUACACACUUAAUACACAAAGUUCUCUGGCAUACAAAAUUGUUUGAUAAUUGCAAAUGGGAAAUUGAAGUGUGGUUAGAUGCAAUCAAAAGUACCAAAUCUCAAGAUUUAUCUGCAGUAUUUGAACUUUUAAGUGAUUCACUUAAAGUAUCUCUUGCUCAACCAAACCUUGUUUCAUUUGAAUCAUUUGAUGUUCAGGGUCCUGUAAAUAGCAUCAAUGAAAUAACUGAUCCUUUAGAAAUGUUAAAAGGCAUUAUAGAUGAGGAUAAUGAUGAUCAUAGUGGUGCUUUAGAAGUUGAGCCAAUCGAAUAUUCAUCAGAAAGGUUUUGUUUCAGUAAUUUGGUUCCUGCUAUUCUCCAACAAUUUGCAUCUCUGAAUAAGAAAGAUAAAAAAGUUUGCAGACCUUUUGUAGAAAAUGCUCUACUUCUGGUACUUCAUCGUCAAUUUUCAACCGAAACUCUAUUUGAAUUAGUUAAGAAAUAUGAAGAUUCUCUUGAUUCAACAACAUUUGCAUAUUUCGACUUGCUCCAUUCAUUAAAAAGAGAUAUUCAAGUUGAUUCAUUGAUAUCAAAGACACAAAGUGAUGCAUGUGAAAAGAAUCUAAGUGAACACCUGCAACAAAUAUUUGUUAUUUUGCUUAAAUCUGACAAAGGAAAUGCUUGUUCUUGUACAGUAGAUAUGACAUCCUUCAAUCCAAAUCAGGACUCUGCACGAAAUAUUCUUUGGCAAUUGUUAUCAUACAUCAAUUUUGAAUUGAAACAUUUACUUGAAUUUCAAGAUAAGGAGUCUUCUUUGUUGAUAUUUAUAGAUUUCCUUCAAAAAUUAUAUGGUUCUUUGAAACCAUACUUUCAAAAGGAAGAGCACAAAAAUUUUGAUAUGGAGAAAUCAAGUGAUAUCUCAUCUAAAAAUGCAGAAAUAAACCUAGAAGGAGAGAUACUCUCUCACCCUGCUAUUCUGAAGUUAUUUUUACAAACUGAAAAUACCCCUAAGUGUAUUUCUAAAUUAUUGAAAAAAGCUUCUAGGACUAUUACAAAACUUGUGCUAGAUAUUACUCAAGAUAUGAUGAGUUUUAAUAAAGAAGAGCACCAUUUGUAUAUCAGAAAAUACAAGCAAAAAGUUUUAAAUUACAUCCAUGAAAGUUCUAGUAAUUUAAAAUGUGAUGAGUUAGAUCUACUUUCUAUAAUAGGAGCUUUCUCAUCAUUCUAUUCAAGCCGGGAAAUUGUACUUUUACUUGAAAAUUUGCCAAAUGUCCAGCAAUCUGAAUCAUCAUUCUCAUUGUUAGUGUUGCUUGUGAAGCAAUAUCUUGAGACAAAGAAUUUCAUUACUUUAUCUCCAUCUUGUGUUGAUUCAUUAGUUUUGAAGUAUUCUGCUAUGUCCAAAAAGCAGAAGAAGAUUUUUAUUGAUAUAUUUCUUGAAGUCUUCCACAAACAUCCAGCUUACGGUUUACAUGUUAAUAAAGAUUCAUUCUGGCUUCUAUUAGAACACAGGUCAGAUAAAGACCUAAAUGUGCUAGGUGCUUUAAUUGAGCUCAAUAAAGAACUUCGCCAACUCACUCAAGUACAUCUUGGAGAAAUUACUGAAGAUUUUAACAACUUCAGUUUCAUGUUCCUCACCAGUAGAUGUCUGAGUAUGUGUGAUAGUGAAGAUGAGCAAGAUCAGAAAUUUAAAACUACCAUCUCAGAUGUAUUCUGGAAUAGUAUUACUCAGUUUCUUAAUGAAGAAUUAGAGAGGGAAGUAGAAAAUUUUAAAUUCUGCAAAGCAGAUAAAGCUGUUCAAAAUCUGCUGCAAGAAAAUUUUAUUUCUUCUAAGAAGUUGAGUAAGUUUUGGAAAUCCCUUCUUGGAGAUUCAAAAAGUUUAGAAUCAGCUCCUGCUCCAUCUAAAAUGUCUGUGUUGCUUCAACUUCUUAAAAUAUGGAAAACUCAAAGAUGUGAAAAGGGCAAAAGCUUAAUUCCUGUCUUGCAGAUUAUUUUUUCAUGGAUGACAAUCUGUUUACCUAAAUUUCAAGAAUAUAUUGAUUUGAUUGCUGCUAUAAAGAAUAUACUCCAGGACCUAGAUGAAAUAACUUUAUCUGACUUUCUUGAUGUUAUUCCUUUUUUCCAAAAAGCGUUAAAAGUAUCAAUGAAAUGUGAUGGAGUUGGGGUAGAAAUUUUGAAGAUUUUGUCUGUUUUGUGUGCAAAAUCAAGAAAUGUUAAUUUGCCAGUUCAAAAUCUGCAUGAUUUAGUCAUUGGACACUCAAAUUUUUUCAAUAUAAUUCUAACAGAUGUGAAAAAUGAUGCAAGCUUAAAAGAGGGUGUUAUUGAACUACUGACAGUUCUUGCAAAACUUGAUGUUUCAGUCUGUAAAGAACAACAUAUAGGAAUAUUUCUCGGUGCAUACCAUGGCACCAUGUCUAGGAUAGAUCAAAAAUUGCUAUAUUUGAUCAAGAUUUAUUCAGACAAUGGUGUCAAUAUGAUAAAAUAUAGCCCUUUCUUAUGGGGUAAAGCUGCAAUUGCACAUUAUUCAAUUGUAAACAGUGGAGAACAUCUUAAUUUAUCGAAGCAAGCUAAACUUAAAGAUAUUGCCAGUCUAAUCUCGUCUGAAAAAAUUGAAAAAACUAUUCUUCAUUAUCCUCUAAAAAUGGCUUUACAGCUUUCUCUGGAAUUUGUAGAAGACAUUGACAAGGAAUUAGCUUGUAACAUUUAUGAUUUACGUUUCUUUCUGCCUUUACUUGCAAAUCUGCUGUCUCCUGGUUCCUAUGUAAAUAUCCACUGUUUCCUUGAAUCAAAACUUUUAUUCCUGGUAUUUAUUUCAUUGAGUAGUUAUGAUUCAGAUCUCAGGGCUCUUGGAUAUUAUUGUCUUUCUCAGUUUUAUCACCAUUUAGAAAGUUGGAGAUCUCAAGAAAAAGAAGUUUGGAUAUCUCUUUUAGAGUGCCUGCGUAAUGAUAUAUCAUCUUCCAAUCCUAAACUUCCAUGCAUUAUUACAUUAUUUCUUGUUAGAGUAACUGAAAUAUUCAACAAACCAAGUAAUUCUCUAUAUCCUAUUCUGUACAAAUUUAUUAUGACAAAACCAGCCUUAGAUGUCACUCAUGUUCCUGAAUUUUACAAGUUAUUUAACAGUGUAGAGUUAGAGCAUAGAAUACAAAGGUUAUGGUUAUUAAGCUUACUUGCUGAUGGACUUCGUACAAGUGUAGAUUUUCAUAUUUGUGAGAAGCGAUAUAUUUUCAGUAUAAUGAAAUCUCUUUGUUGGAGCACCUUAUCAUCGCAGCAGGAAAAAAUUUCUGUUCUUCGUGUUAUUUUGUCCGCUGUUAAAAUUGAGUCAUCUGCUCGAACAUUAUGUCAAAAUGGUUUACUAGUAUGGCUACAUAAUAUAUUAGAACAGUGUGAAAUGACUGAUGAAAUAUCACCAAUUUUAAAAGAUAUUUUUGAAAAUGUCAGUAAAGCUGAUGCUGAAAAUGGAUCACUAAUGCUUUUGCAAAAGUUAAAAGAGCAUCUUCUUAAAUCUUCCUUAUUGAAUCAUCACUCCUCUACAGUUUCACAAAUGGAUAUCAGUUGAGAAUUUGCAUUUUAUAUCACCUGUAAAUAGGCUUUUAUAAAUAAAUAAUGAAAGAAUAAAA